ACGAUCAAAAUACGACAGUUGAUAAUGCUGAAGUAAAUGAAUCCGAAUUGAAGCAAGUGGAAGCUGAUGAUUGGGUUGAAGAAGAAUUUGAAAAAGGUUCUGAAAUAGUUGAAGCUGACGAACCUGCUGAAGAGAGUGGAGAAAAACCGGCUGCUGCGCUUGCGGCUAUUCGAGCACAACUAGAAGCUGAACGUGCUGCUAAUGAAGAAAGAAUACGGAAAGAACAAGAAGAACAAAGACGAAUUGAAGAAUGGCUCAUUAUUAAAGUGCUACAACGUUAUAUAUAUCAGGCCAAGAAAGAAGAACUUAAAAAGUCAGGUAAAUAUUUAAGCCAGAAACAAAGGGCAAAGCAGCAGCAGGACAAAAUGCGGUUGGAGCAGAUGAUAAAAUCUGGAUAUAAGAUUGAGGGUCUUGACAAAGAGGGUGAACAAGCUCCAAGGAGAGUUGUCUACGCUAAUAAGAAGAAGGGCCCAACAAAACAAACUUUGGAUAAAACAGAGACGGAGGUUUUAACGUUAAAAGCGGACGAUAAACCCGAAACUUCAGAAAAUUUAAAAGAUGAAAGAGAAAUCGAAACUAAUAAAGAUGUAAAAGAAAACUGGGAAAAGGACGAGGAUGUAGAAAGCAAUAAAUCAACCGAAAUAAAUGAUGGUAUCAGAGAUACUUGGGAUGUAUCAUCAGAUGAAAUAGGCGAUACGUCAUCAGAGGAUGAGAAAAUUCCAAAGAAUGUCGAAAACCCACCAGCGACUCCCGUAAAGACUGAUACGGAUAAAAAGAAGGGGCCAGCAAAAGUCGUUGAUACGGAUAAAAAGGAGCCUGCAAAGGUUGUUGAUACAGAUAAAAAGAAAGCGCCUGCGAAGGUUGUUGAUACAGAUAAAAAGAAGGGGCCAGCAAAGGUCGUUGAUACGGAUAAAAAGAAGGCGCCAGCAAAGGUUGUUAACACAGAUUCAACACAAAAAAAUAAGGAUGUAGAGUUAAAAGAUGCAUCUGAGACCGAUGCAGCAGAACGUCGAAAGAAACGACAUGAAGAGGCACUCGCUGCUCGUUCUAAAGACAACUUGAGAUCGCCAAUCUGCUGCAUUUUAGGGCAUGUCGAUACAGAUAUGAGAAUCUUAUUAUUAUCAAAGAAAACUAAUCUCGGCAUUAGAAAAUGCUUUGGGAAGGGUACUCCCGUUUUAAUGUAUGAUGGACGUAUAAAGGCUGUGGAAACAAUUAAAGAAGGUGAUCAGGUGAUGGGAGAUGAUAGUACGCCUCGCAAUGUUAGUGGCGUUACUAGUGGCAAAGGAAUUCUUUACAAUAUAGCACCAAUAAACUAUUCAUUUGCUCAGCCUUUUGUAUGCAAUGAUGCGCAUAUUCUUGUUCUUAAGAUGAUGUCAGGGCCUUCCUUGCAACAUGAAUGCAACAAGUAUGGAGAGACAGUGUUUAGACUUGUCUACUUUACGUAUGAUCGUGCCACAAAUUUGAUAAAAAAAACAUCUAAGCCUUAUUCGGUUCGAAGUACGGACUAUUCUACUAUCAACAAUGCUAAGCAGGCUGCCAUUCGCGAUUUGGAAUUGCUUAAUAAAGUUGGAAAUUUCAGUUCGAAUAGUUCGAGUUCUAUCGUGCGACCAGGUUUCAUAUGGCAACCGACCGUUACGCAAUUUUUAAAUUGUGACCCUGAAGUGCAAUCUCAGGCCAAAAUGUUUAUUCCAGAAAAAGUUCGAUUCCCAAGCCAAGAGGGUGUUUUUGCAAAGAUCGUCAAGAGUUUCGUCGACAUACAUGCUUCUCCCGCUAUCAUUAAAUUAUGUGCUUGGUUGAUCGGCUUUUGGAUUGGUACGAAUGUAGUUAAUCAAAAUAUCAAGGAUGGUCUUUCAGAUAACAAUGGAGAGAUUACGCCGGUUUAUAAAAUAAUAUCUUCAGAAUAUAAAACUACAAAUCGUAGUUUAUUGUUUCGUCUCUUACAAGAACUUGACAUCUUGAUAAACAACGAUAUUCCCGAGGUCAUGAUGCACGAUGAUAUUAUGCAAGUUCGUCUUCCGUUGCUCUCUGGUAUUAUAUGCAGUUUUUGUGAGUCACGAGAUAAAAUUGCUAGGAUGGUAAAAAAAGGAGACUCUAUAAUACGAAAAUUCGUUCAUCUUUAUCGUUCAUGUGGCUUUACGUUAUUCUCUGAUGAUUUAGUUACCGGGGCAGACGAAAAGAAACGGGAGGUUACAAAGUUACACAAGAAAGAACAAUAUUGGGGAUUUAAGGUUGAAGAAAUUGGUAUAGGCGACUAUUAUGGUUUUGUAGUGGAUGGAAAUCACCGCUUUUUAUUAGGUGAUUUUACUGUAACGCAUAAUGAUGGAAAGCAAGAGUAUAAACUCCCAGGAUUAUUGAUCAUUGAUACUCCUGGUCACGAAUCUUUCACCAACUUACGUUCAAGAGGAUCUUCUUUAUGUAAUAUUGCCAUACUUGUAGUCGAUAUUAUGCAUGGGUUAGAACCGCAAACAUUAGAAUCUAUAAGAUUAUUACGAGAUCGUAAAACUCCAUUCAUCGUAGCUCUUAAUAAGAUCGAUCGUAUAUAUGAUUGGAAACCUGUACCAGAUAAUGCUUUCCGGGAUUCUUUGGAGAAGCAAAGUGAAUCCGUGAAACGCGAAUUUAAGGACCGAGUUGAAAAAACUAUCGUAGCUUUUCAAGAGCAGGGGCUGAACGCUUGUCUUUACUAUGAAAAUAAGAAUUUUGCUAAAUACGUUUCACUUGUUCCAACUUCCGCUAUUUCUGGAGAAGGUAUUCCUGACAUGCUCAUGCUUUUAGUAAACUUAACGCAAACUAGAAUGAGUGAUAAAUUGAUGUAUUUGUCUGAAUUGGAGUGCACUGUUUUGGAAGUUAAAGUUAUUGAAGGUCUCGGUACGACCAUUGAUGUCGUUCUGUCUAAUGGCGUUUUAAAUGAAGGGGAUAAAAUCGUACUUUGUGGUCUUAAUGGACCUAUCGUUACAACUAUUCGUGCUUUGCUGACACCACAACCAUUGAAAGAACUUCGUGUUAAGUCUGCAUAUGUUCACAAUAAAAGCGUGAAAGCCGCUCUUGGAAUAAAAAUUUCAGCGCAAGACCUUGAGAAGGCAGUCGCAGGUUCUCGACUUUUGGUUUGUGGGCCUGACGAUGAUGAAGAUGAACUCAAGGAUGAGAUAAUGUCUGACCUGAAGAGUAUGUUGAACUCUGUUGAUAAGUCAGGCAGAGGUGUAUGUGUACAAGCAUCUACUUUAGGCUCCCUAGAAGCGCUUUUGGAAUUCUUGAGGGUAUCCAAUAUCCCAGUAUCUGGCAUAAGCAUUGGUCCCGUACAUAAGAAAGAUAUAAUGCGUGCAAGUACUAUGCUGGAAAAGGCUAGGGAGCUUGCCGUUAUUUUAUGUUUUGAUGUCAAAGUUGAAAAGGAAGCACAAGAAAUGGCAAAAGAACUGGGAAUCAAAAUUUUUGAAGCAGAUAUUAUUUAUCAUUUGUUUGAUCAAUUUACUGCGUACAAUAAGGAUAUUAUAGAGCAGAAGAGAAGAGAUCAAGCACCUCAAGCUGUUUUUCCUUGUGUUCUUAAAAUUGUUCCUGGCGCCAUCUUUAAUAAAAGAGAUCCUAUAGUUCUAGGUGUUGAUGUUGUUGAAGGAGUUCUAAGGACUGGGACGCCUAUAUGUGUUGUAAAAGUCGAUCCGGCGACUAAGGCGCGAGAAAUUAUAAAUCUUGGUAAAGUUGCAAGUAUGGAACAGAAUCACAAAGCGGUAGAAGUUGUAAAAAAAGCACAAUCCGGCGCCGGUGUCGCAAUUAAAUUGGAGUGUCCAGGGUAUGAAACACCGAAAAUGUUUGGAAGGCAUUUCAUCGAAAGUGAUGAGUUAUAUAGUAAGAUUUCACGGCAAUCUAUUAAUGUACUAAAGGAAUCAUUUCGAAAUGAUCUAAGCAAAGAAGAAUGGGCUUUAGUAGUCAAACUGAAGAAGAUUUUGGAGAUUGAUUAA